UGGUCAAAACCCUAAUCACUCAACACACAUGCCUUCAAACCCGGAAGCAUUAUGCUAGUACUUUAAAAUUUCUGUCACAACAAAUGUUAGAACAAAUUGAUGAGAACCCAGAUAUACCAGUUAAGGCAGUUCAGGAGCAAUUUCAAAGGCAGUUUGCUAUUGGGAUUUCCAGGAUGAAGACAUACAGGGCUAAGAAAUUAGCCAAGAAACAUGUAGAAGGGGACUAUGUUGAGCAGUAUGCACUGUUGAGAGAGUAUGCUAAUGAAUUAAUCCAACAAAAUCCAGGUACUAUUGUAAAAAUUGAAGUAGAAGCUGGUCCAGAUCCAGGGAAUAACAUAAGACAGUUUAGAAGAAUAUAUGUUUGUUUGGCUGCUUUGAAACAGGGCUUUAAAGCAUUAGGUAGGGAUUUCUUGGGACUUGAUGGGGCAUUUAUGAAAGGACCAUUCCCAGGUCAGAUCUUAACUGCUGUAGGUGUUGACUGCAACAAUGGUAUCUACCCUGUUGCUUAUGCAAUUGUUGAAUCUGAAAACAAGGACUCCUGGAUGUGGUUUUUAGAGCUGUUGGGUGCAGAUCUUGAUAUAGGGAGCAAUUCCAAUUUCACUUUCAUAAGUGGUAGGCAAAAGGGAAUACUUCCUGCAAUCACAAGGCUCUUUCCUUGUGCUGAGCACAGAUACUGUCUCAGGCACAUAGAUGAGAAUAUGAAAGUGAGCUUUAAAGGUGAUCUAUACAAGGAUAUGUUGUGGAAGUGUGCUGCUGCAACUACAAUUCCAGAGUUUACACUUGCUAUGGAUGAAUUGAAGGCUUUCAACAAGAAAGCCCACCUGUGGUUGUCUAAGAUUCCACCAUUGCAUUGGACAAGGGCACACUUUUCAAGAAGGGUUGUUUCUGACAUACUUCUUAACAACAUGUGUGAAGUUUACAAUGGUAAGAUUGUGGAAGGCAGGGACAAGCCCAUCAUUUCUGCACUAGAGUACAUAAGGGAGUAUCUUAUGCGGAGGAUUGUGACUGUGUUGAACGUGAUAGAGAAUAGUGAAGGGCUGCUGACACCAAAAGCAACUGAAAUGUUUGAUAAGAUCAAGCAGGAUGCAACUCACUACCAUGUUCAAUGGAAUGGAGGGGAUCACUACCAGGUCAGUGGCAAACCGAAUAGUGCUUGCGUGGUGAACUUGGCUGCAAGGACUUGUAGUUGCAGAGGCUGGGAAAUAACAGGUAUGCCAUGUAGACAUGUUGUGGCUGCAUUAUGGGAGAAGGCUGCUACUGGUGGAAGGGUGGGUGCUCUAGAGAGUUGGGUUCAUCCAGUUUACACCAUGGAUAGGUGGAAAUGGGUGUAUUCAUUCAAGGUUAACCCAAUUAAUGGUCGUACUUUAUGGGUAAAGAUUCAACUUCCGACAACUAUUGUACCUCCAAAGCACCAUACACAAGUCGGAAGACCAAAAAAGUUGAGGAAAAGAUCUGCAAUUGAGCUUGAAGAGUUGACCCAAUCUGGUAGGCUGUCCAAAAAGCACACUAAGGCUGCAUGCACAAAGUGUAAGAACACCGAACAUAAUUCAAGGACAUGCAAAGGUCAAGCUGAAGCGGGUACUAACGCAAAUGCUGGGAAAGCGGGUAAACGUGCAAAAGUUGGGAAGCCUGGGAAGGGUGGAAAUUGACCAUUUGGCUGCUUAUUUCGUAGUCUAUUAUGUAUUUUGAACAUUGCUUAUUUGUGAUGUUGGCUGCUUAGUAUGUAGUUUGAACAAUGCUUAUUUUGUCUUUUGACCAAACAUCUUAUGGUA